AUGACUGCGUCUCAAGCACCGCAAGGACGAGGGAUCGACUCCUAUAUUGCCACCGUCUUCUCCGUUACUGUUCCAGCUGCCAUUCUCAACAGUCGGUUUGAUGAGCUACUUUCGUCUCAAGGCCUAGACUUAGAUUCGGCUGCGAAAGCGGGCCUGGAGCUGGGUCAGGCGUAUGAAAAAGCGUCACGGGGCUUUUUUGACUCGUUCACUGGCCCAUAUCGAGGACUUAUCAUUAGCAUGUAUGAGAUGAGCUUGCGGCGAGUAUGGCAGAUACUGAUCGCGUUCGCGGGUAUUGGCCUGAUCGCUGUACUUGCUGAAAAGAACUUGGAGACAUGUACUGAACAAACGUCGGAUGAUUUUGGCAUCAGGGAGCGAGCGACAACAGCUGAAUAA